UAAUAUAAAUCAUUCAAUUAGUUCAUUUUAGCUAUUCAACCAAUCUUUUUCUACCCAUAAACAAGAUCAACAUCAUUAAGUUUCUUGAAGAAAGAUGGCAAAUCCCUUUAACUUAGAGUCCACAGCCACAGCUUGCCAUAUAGUAGCUAUGCCUUAUCCAAGCAGAGGCCAUAUAAAUCCAAUGAUGAAUCUCUGCAAACUCUUAGUUUCAAGAAACCUUAAUCUUCUCAUCACCUUCGUUGUUACUGAAGAGUGGCACGGCUAUAUUAGCUCUGACCCAAAGCCUGAAACAAUUCGUUUUGCCACAGUACAUAAUGUUAUCCCAUCUGAGCAUCUGAAGGCUGUUGAUAUCACUGCGUUUUAUGAAGCUGUUAUGAGAACAAUGGAAGCUCCUUUUGAGCUGCUACUCGAUCGGCUUGACCCACCUGUUACUGCUAUGAUUGGUGAUAUUGAAUUAGGUUGGGCAAUUGACUUGGGGAAUCGGAGGAAUAUUCCGGUGGCUGCUUUUUGGACUAUGUCGGCCACAUUUUUUUCCAUGUUGUGUCAUUUUCAUCUGUGCCCACAAGCUCAGAAUUUGCCGAUUGAUUUGAUAGAUCAGAUUCCAGGAAUUUCUUCAUCAAAUAUAACAGAGCUUCAAACAGUCUUCCGAAGGAAUGAUUUGAAAUUCAUGCAGCUUUCUCUAGAGUGCAUUUCAAAGGUACCAAAAGCGCAGUAUCUCCUCUUCACUUCCGUAUAUGAGCUUGAACCACAGGAAAUGGAAACUCUACGAGCAACUUUCCAAUUUCCUGUCUAUUCUAUUGGGCCUGCAAUUCCUUACUUAGAACUCCAACCUAAUUAUACCCUUGAGUACCAAAAAUGGCUAGAUUCCCAACCUGAAGCCUCUGUAUUAUACAUUUCAUUAGGAAGUUUCCUUUCUGUCUCAAAAAACCAAAUGGAUGAAAUUUUUUCUGGGCUUCAAGAUAGUGGUGUUCGAUACUUAUGGGUGGCGCGUGGAGAAGCUUCGGGGUUAAAGGAGAUUUGUAGUGAUAAAGGGUUGGUGUUGCCUUGGUGUGAUCAAUUGAAGGUUUUGUGUCAUUCCUCUGUAGGAGCAUUUUGGACACAUUGCGGUUGGAAUUCUACAUUGGAAGCACUUUUUGCAGGUGUACCUCUGCUUACUUUCCCUUUAUUCUUUGAUCAAGAUCCAAAUAACAAGAAAAUUUUGGAAGAAUGGAAAAUUGGUUGGAAAGUGCAGAGCAAAAUGGGAGAAGAAAGCUUGGUGAAAAGAGAAGAAGUUGCGCAACUUGUUAAAAAGGUUAUGGAUUUGGAAAGUAAGGAGAGUAAAGAAAUGAGGACGAGAGCAAGAAAACUUAGCGAUGCCUGUCAACUAGCUAUUACUGAAAACGGAUCGUCCGUGAAAAAUCUUGAUGCGUUUAUUAGGAAUAUUUUGCAAGGCAAUUAAACAGAGUGUCUUUGUAACUCUUGAAGCCACUAAUUGUGUGUAAUCUAAAAUCAUUUAAUAAAAUGAUAAGCCUAAUGCAAGAAUUCAAGUUUUUGUCCAA